CGGAGAGGAGAUUGAGCCGAGGAGGAGGAGGAGGAAGGAGGAGCGUGACGCAGGAGGGAGCAUCUUUUGUGGGGAGCAGGCUUGCAUUGGUGAGGAGCGGACCAGACACAUGGACACCAGACGUCCUGAGGAGGUCUAGCGACCCACUCGUCCACGCGUCCACGUCGUCGGCCACGCCGCACACUUUUUGACACCUAAUCCCAGCGGGAAUGCGUCCAACUUUACAUGCGGAAGGCCGUCUGGGCUGACUCUGUGGUGCUGAAAGGACAGCGACCAAAUUGUGGCAGGAGGAGCUGGCCGGUGCUGAAGACGAGAAGCCGACAUGAGGACGCAGAGUUUGGCGUUUCCUUGUUAAAAAGGAAGCCAGGAUUCAGCCAGAAGCCUUUUAUUUUUAAUCAGGCACAGCCAGCAGGACCCCAGCGGCUAACCUGAACCGACGCUGCCGCCGAUCCAGGAAUGUUCCCUUUACCGUUACCACUCUUUGCUGGGAGCUGAAACUUUUUCUUUCACUUCUCAUAAAGUGUGAGUGUGUGUGCGUUUGUGUGUGCGUUUGUGUGUGUGUGUGUGUGUGUGUAAAGAGCAACCGUCCCAUCAUGCCUCGCUCUUUCUUGGUGAAGAAAGUCAAGCUGGAUGACAUUUCAGCUGCUGAGCUGGACAGCUCGUAUUGUCACGGCCGAAGAGGAGAACUGAGCCUGCGAUUCCAUCAUCAUGAUAAAGGUUACGUGCGGGAUUAUCUGGCCCCCUCCCCCUACGACGAGGUGGUGGUCAGCGACUCGUCGGCCAUCUCCAAAGCGCCGUCCCCGAGUCACCCGUCCAUCAUCUACAGCCGCAUGGACAACGCCUACAGCGGCAUCCACGCCGACCUCCACGGCGACUCCGACCAGCCGGACAGCCCCAGGUCGGAGGUGUCGUCGGCGGCCAGCGGCUACAUCAACGGGGACGGCGGCGUCGGCGAGGGCUACAUGGUGGACGCCUUUUUCAUCAUGGACGGGCGCUCCAGGAGGAAGGGGGCGGCGGCGGCGCCCAGGGGGGUGCCUCAGAGGCACUCGUGCGGCGAGUGCGGCAAGACCUACGCCACCUCGUCCAACCUGAGCCGCCACAAGCAGACGCACCGCAGCAUGGACAGCAAGAUGGCCAAGAAGUGUCCCACGUGCGGCAAAGUGUACGUCUCCAUGCCGGCCAUGGCCAUGCACCUCCUCACGCACGACCUCAAGCACAAGUGCGACGUGUGCGGCAAGGCCUUCAGCCGCCCCUGGCUGCUGCAGGGCCACAUGCGCUCGCACACCGGCGAGAAGCCCUUCGGGUGCGCCCACUGCGGCAAGGCCUUCGCCGACCGCUCCAACCUCCGCGCUCACAUGCAGACGCACUCGGCGUUCAAGCACUACAAGUGCAAGCGAUGCGACAAGACCUUUGCUCUCAAGAGCUACCUGAACAAGCACUACGAGUCCGCCUGCUUCAAGGGGGCUUUCUCCCCGCUCGGCUCCGUGGGGGAGUGACCCCCGUCCCUCCCGCUCGCUCCCCGAGUCACCUCCUCGUCCUCCCGACUGCGGCACGGCUGCCGAGAAAACCACAACAUCGCUCCCAAAUGCGGCUCGCUAGCUAGCUCACGACUUCCUGCUCUUCUGAAGCUGCAAAAGAUAAACAAAGCACAGAACAUCUAGAUCAUCAUUUCCGAGACAAGACCCCCCCCCUUCCUCCUCACGGGGGCCGACGCAAGCCAGCACAAUUCCCGUCCUUGCCGCCCGGCAGCGCGUCUAAAAGCGCCUCACCCCGCCAAAGAGACGCCAUGGACUUCCAGACCAUUCAAGGCGAGGUUUGGCUACCCGGGAUUUGAACCCCCACCCUUGCAAAAAGAGACCUAGCGUACACUUUGACAGGCGCCAGGAAGGCAUGGGUGCUGCUUCGUUUAGUUAAGGAGUCUAACAAAAACAAAAACAAAAACCACCAGGGUAUUUUCCUUCCUCCUGCCUGAGAAGGUUGUAAAAUAGCACCCCCCCAUGGCACCCCCCCCCCAAACGACUUCUUCUUCCUUCAUCGAUUUAUUUGCACUUUAGUUCUUUUUGCCUUCCGUUCCAAAUAUGCCAAAGCAUUUGACACUUUUGCUUCAUUUUAAACGAGUGCAUGCAAAAAAAGGGGCAGCCCAGCAAAUUAUGUUUUGUUUUCAUAUCCGCUAGAACGUGGUCCUUGAACAUCUCAUCAACGUGGCAUUCAGGGACCUACUCGACUCACCCGGAGCACAGCGCUAACACAGCUCCACUUUGCAUCUCUCACACACACAAAAUGCAUUCCGCUUUUGUGUACGCGGCCCUCGGGUCCGCAGGUUGGACACCCCUGCAAUAGAGCAAUAAUGAGAUUCAUAUGUGCGUCGGUUUCAUCUCGCAGACUCCGCUACGCUACGCUAUGCUACGCUAGGUACGUAGCACGACACGUGAAUAUCAGGGACUAUUUCUAUUUGCUGGGAUUCUUCGAGGCCUUCUUCAUCGAGGUGAGUCCAGUGUGGGGACGGACGGCAGCUUGGGGACCGUUAUGCAUGACGCACAGCUCCACUGUGGCUUCAGACGGGGGGCUUCAGACGGGGGGGCUUGCAGGUCUUCUCUUCUCCACCUUUUUGUACAUGCUUUUUAUGCACUGCCUGCCUCGUAUUACUCUAAAAGUAUCGUAGAAGUAGAAGGUACUGCUGUACUGUACUGUAGGCCUCUGGUGCUGGAACGCUGACGUCGGCACGUGUUUGGGCGUGGAACCAUCCGGGACGUGGCGUGUGGACCUUUUAGCCUCCAUCUUUCAGCACCAGAGACAAACACUUUAGACGACACACUGCUAGCUACUGUAGCCCACCGCGUGCACUAGUAGCCGCAAGCUAGUUCCAAGUCUAUUCUUCUAUUCUUCUUCCUCUCUAAGUAGCACAACGACAGAAGACUUGAGCUUCAGGUAGACCAUGCCUUGCUUUGUGGAAUAACUACCGGGAUGCAAGGUGGGAAUAACCGGGAUCCAGAGCAAACCAGGUUUUGCGGCAAGAGGCCUUGUAAAUAUUUGGAUUAUUUCUAUGUGUACAGGGCCACGGCUGAUGACUUUCAGGAGCUUCCCACUUUCUUCUUCUUCC